AUGUUCAGAAACAACUACGACAACGAUGCGGUCACCUUCUCCCCGCAAGGCCGUAUCUUCCAAGUCGAAUAUGCACAAGAAGCCGUGAAGCAAGGUUCCGUCGUGGUGGGACUCGUCAACAAGACACAUGCUGUGCUGGUCGGCCUCAAGCGUAAUGCCGAAGAGCUCUCCUCGUACCAGAAGAAGAUCAUCGAAGUCGACUCCCACAUGGGCAUCGCCAUCGCCGGUCUGGCAUCGGACGCUCGGGUGCUCUCCAACUUCAUGAAGCAGCAGUCUCUCAGCUCCCGCAUGACCUACGGCCGCCCGCUCCCCGUCGACCGCAUUGUCAGUCAGAUCGGCGACCGCGCCCAAACGAACACUCAACAUUACGGCAAGCGCCCCUACGGUGUCGGUCUGCUUGUCGCCGGUGUCGACGACUCCGGCCCGCACCUCUUCGAAUUCCAACCCUCCGGUAUGACCCAUGAGAUGGUGGCAUGCGCCAUCGGAGCCCGCUCCCAAAUGGCUCGGACCUACCUGGAGCGGAACCUGGACAAGCUGGAGUCCACGUCGCGCGAUGAGCUUAUCACGCACGGCCUGCGGGCACUUAAGGAAUCCCUGUCUCAGGACAAGGAGCUGACGGUGGACAACACAUCUGUGGGUGUGGUGGGACUUGCGGGCGAUGGUGCCUCGGGGAAGAUCGAGAGCUUCAAGCUGUACGAGGGGCAGCAGCUGGUGCCCCUGCUGGAGGCACUGGAGCAGGCGGAUGCGGGCGAGACGAGAGAAGAGGAGACAAUGGAGGUUGAUUCAUAG